GCGUCAAUUUGGCGCGAGAAAGGUUGUGAGGGAGGUGAUAUUGGGAACAUAAACGAAAAGCGCGCGAAUAAUAUUAUCGUGAAUACAGUGCCUGUGGAAAUUAAAAAAAAAAGUGAACUAAAAUCAUUGGAUUUUUAUUGUUGAUGGUUUUUUUUUGCGCGCGAAAUGUGGUGUGUUUUGAGAGUUGUGUGUAAUUAAUGUUAAAUUCUGAAGUAUGAUUAAGAACAAACAAAUGAGAUAACGCAUGUCCGGAGACUAAUUUUCAAGAUACGUCAGAUAAAAUGGACUAGAAAUAAUUUGGAGAAAUAAAGGGGAUUCAAAAUAUAACUCCAACAACCUUUGAUGUAGAAGAAUAUUGCAACGCUUGUAUUGGAAAAUAUGGGCGAGACCAUUAAAAGUUGCAGCAGAUUUCGAAGAAGGCAGGACGAUAUGCUUAAAUCUAGCUUUAUAUUCCUGCUCGUUACACUGGCCUGUGUAAAUUCGCAACACAUAACAGCUUGCUGUGACAAAGCCGAGGGGACGUGUCGCAGCGUAUGUGAGAAGAUGUCUUUAGUAGACAUUGCAUCAAAUUCGUCUACGUUUGAACAAUGGGUGCCAAACAUUUACAGAUUCUGCACACCACGACUAAUUGAGUUUUGGAUAUGUAUGAAUAAAACGAUUCAAGAAGUGGUAUCUGGUUCUGGUUGGUGGGGUCGCGCGUGUUGUUCCCUUGGCAGACUGGCGUCCUGUCGGCACGCAUGCGCCAUGGCAUCCAACGAGAGCGCGCUGAUCGGCGCCGGCGCUUGUCGUCGAUCUGAUGAGAUUGCCUUCUUUGACUGCGUACAACGGCAGCAGGAGGCUCAGCAUUGUUGUUCGCAGACCCAAUCCAUGACGUGUCACGAGGAGUGCCAGAAAGCGUUGUGGCGUCUAGGACAAUCACGGGUCGAUGUGCAGGCCAGAAGUACAGCGCUGCAGUCGUGUGAAGAGUCUCCUGAUUUAAUGAGGUGUCUCAGAGAUCUCACCGAUUCCGUCGUAUCCACAGAUACAGCUAAAUAUCUGCCUUGCUGUCGCGAAUCAAACAAACAAGAAUGCCAGCCAACAUGCGAGCGAGUGCUGCGGACUAAAAGUGUCUUGCAAGAAAUGGUGGAAGCUCUAGAAGUGGACUGUGGAGCUCCAUUGAUCCUCGACGGCUUCUGGCAAUGUUUCCUGAAGAUAGAUGCUCCACCUGAACCGAAGGAUCUGAUUCCUCAUGAUAUUGCUAAACUGCAUUGUUGCCAGAAGGCAGUGACAAUAAACUGUCGGAGACUAUGUUUCGAGACGUUCAACACUGGCUGGCAAACUAACUGGCAGAAGUUCUACUCGGAGUGUUUGGGAGAUCCCCAGGAGAUCACUCUCUCUGAGUGUAUGGACGACGUGGACGCCCCAUGUUCCCUGGGUUGCGCAGGUCUAACAUACUGUAGCCAGUUGAACAGUCGGCCGACCACUCUGUUCCGCUCCUGCACCGCACAGGCAGACCUUGAGGCUCAUUUAGCAGUCGCCGAACAAAAGGGAAGUGGGGUUCUGAUGGUAUCUGGAAUGGAACUGCCUCUCAGAAAUUCAACUCAAUGUCCUAUUGAUAUUUGGAAGAGCGUAGCCUGUGCACUACACGUCAAACCAUGUACGGCCAAGUGCGCACGCUUAGUGUCGUCGUGCGUGGAGUGGGCGCGCGUCCCCGGCACUCUGACCGCGCGGGCACUCUGUGCGCGCCUCACUCCCACCGACCCUAGCGCGCCCUGUGUACCACUGCACCAGUUCAUGUCGCCUAGUACCGAGGCUCCCUUGCUGUCAGCGAAGGAAGUGGUGACGUCACCGUGUGCAGGGUCCCCAUGCAGCGCUCCACAGACAUGUGUCAUCAACAGGAACUGUCUACAGGGCGGGACCUGUCCACGGUAUUACUGCGUCGAUGGUUGUCCACUUGGCGACAGUUCUUCCCAAAUAGUACCAGUGGGUUCUUGGGUGCGGGUUCCAAUGCCGUCCUCGCUACACAAAGCGUGUUUCAAGAUCUGUCGCUGUGGCCAUAAAGGACUGACUGACUGCCAACCUCUGCCCUGCGUGGAGAUGGAGAACUGUCAGCUACAUGAUAGAGAAGUUAUGCAAGGCUCCAAGUACUACAUGGAGUGCAACGCGUGCGCGUGUCGCGGCGGAGAGCGAGUGUGUGCGCGGCGCGCGUGCGGGCGGGCGGCCGCCGCGCUGCCGUGCUACUGCCCGCCGCACCACCUGCCCGUGCGCGCCAGGCACGCGCCCUACCCCAACGCUUGUCUCGCCAAAUGCGCAGGAGCAUCAGACGGCGAGAUAGAGUUUGGCACGAGCUCUCCGUGCGCGAGCGCAUCGUGUGGACGGCGCCAUGUUUGUAUGCCUGCACCCAACGUGUGUCUGUCGCGGCUACAGACAUCUUGUCCACAGUAUCAUUGCGUGAGCACAGUGAACUGCAACGCUCAGCCAGGCCUCCCAGUGUGUGACACGGACGGCCGCACACACAGUAACCCCUGCCACCUCGUCAUGAGCGGGAGGAAGUUUGCCUACUGGGGACCUUGUCUACAGGGCUGCUCGCCUGCUGGUCCAGUUUGCGGCGUGAACGGAGUAUCUUACAUAUCAGAGUGCGCAGCCUGGGCGGAGUACGUGAGCGUGGAUUAUGCGGGACCUUGUCUCGCUGUAGGACCGAUAUCAGAUCACAUGGAGCCAAAGUGUGCCCUCAUAGAUAGAAUCAUCUGUCCUCCACUGAAGAAACCAAACUGCCUUGGCUUCACCGCUCCAGGCGCUUGUUGCCCCAAAUGCGGAGGAGCUCUCAGAAUCCUUUACUCAAAGAAACAAAUUGACAGAGCCUUAUACGGCACCAACAUCUCAGCGUCAGUUAUAAACUUGAACAACAUUUUGAGAGCUCUAGAGAGACAUGUGAAGAUAGCCGAGUGUGCCCUCAGAGGGUACCUCACCAUUGAAAUGGAAAUAUUUGUGACUGUAGAAACUAUGUUAGAGAACCCGACAGACUUACAACUCAAUGUGUGUAUUCUGGAAGCGGAGAAGAUAGCAGACAUGAUCAAUAGAGAAAGUGUUCUAAUCACAAGUGAUUUAGGUUUAAGUUCGUUGGCAUACGCGUUGACUGUCCACACAUUACCCACUCAAGGUGCACAUACUAUAAGUUUGUCCAUAGGUGCUUUAUUAGCGUGUAUAAGUAUCUACGUGUUAAGGUAAGACCAUGUCAUUACUAGACUUGUAUAUUUGUACAGUAGCUGUAAAUAUUGUGUAAUUACUUUAGUGCCAUCGUUAGAAACGUAUACAAAGAAUUUAGAGAUUAUGCUUUGGUUUGCUUUAAAAUCAGGCACAAAUUGUUUAGUCAUGUUGUCACGUGAGUUCAUUGUGCCAUUUAGACUGUAGCUGUAAUGACAAUGUCUUUGACUUCGCACUGUCAGUGCGCGAUAGACUGCAACUAGCAUUUUAUAACAUUUUUACACAAAAGACAUUUAUUGUAAAGUACUCGUAGUCUUUAAACCAAAUAUGUAUUACAUUUAUAACUUUGUUGUUAAUUUUUAGAUGUUUAGAUAUUUUGAAAAUGUGAAUAUUGUUUAUCUACAAGCUUAAAAGUUAUUAAAAUUAAAACAAUUUUUAU